AUUUAAUAAAGAAAUCAAGCAAUGACGAUCGCAAACAAAGCUGUCCAGGUCGGGAUUGGUGUGUUGACCAUGCACCAAGGCAAGGUCUUGGUUGGAAAAAGAAUCGGAAGCCAUGGAGCAAAUACAUGGCAGCUUGCUGGAGGCCAUCUUGAGUUUGGCGAAACAUUUGAAGAAUGUGCCAUCCGAGAAGCACAGGAGGAAACCGGCCUCAAUCUUGACCCAGCCUCAGCCAAGGUCGUCACUGCCAACAACAAUAUUAUGUCUGAUAUUGACAGACACUACGUAACCGUCUUUAUCUCCGCUAAUGUUGUUGGCAAUGCUGAGGCUAAGGUCAUGGAACCAUUGAAAUGUGAGCGAUGGGAAUGGAUCACACAAGGACAACUACUCGACGAUAAUGGACCCUACAGACCACUUUUCUCACCUUUGGCCAAGUUGAUUACAGAGCACGACCUAACAUCGGUGUUUGCCCAGAGUGCCAGAAAAUAAUAAUUGAAGCUGUCAACAUACAAUAGAGUUAAGGAAGAUAUAUUAUACAAUGAACAGUAUUUUAUAUUGUUGUAAGAUUUCAC